AGAGUAGUAUAAUAAUACGAGUACACGGUUCCUAAACGUUACUUAUCGACUGACGUGUUCAUGUUUUGUUUCUGACUUUGACAUUAUUAAACCUACGUUUUCUGGUGAUUUUUGGUUACCGACCGGUGAUUUAUUGUGAUAUUUUAGCAAAAUGAGUUUGGAAAUCGAGUCAAUGGUUCGCCAUGUAUCACCAAUAAACCCAGCCGUGUUUCCUCACCUUACACUUCUGCUAUUGAGCAUUGGUAUAUUUUUCACUGCGUGGUUCUUCGUGUAUGAAGUUACUAGCACAAAAAACUCAAGAGAUCUCUUUAAGGAGCUCCUUCUAUCACUGGUCGCGUCUCUCUUCUCCGGUUUUGGCAUACUGUUUCUAUUGUUAUGGGUGGGCAUAUAUGUUUAACUGUAUAAGCCCAUAAGCUACAUGCAUUUAUUUAUGAUAAAAUAUGCCCAGAAUACUUAGUUUGUAAAUCUGUGUUAUUUUUGUAAGUUUAAUUAAAAAUUACUAUCCAAGA